AGUGGGCAUCACUGUCACUUCUCAGAGCGAUCACACACCGAUCCUGCAGAGAGAGAGAGAGAGAGAGAGACCCUAGCACUGCCGUCAGACUACGGAGCAGUGGCCAGGAGGAGCUGAAAAUGAGCAGCUCUCCCCAGCACUGAUUUCAGCUGACAACAUGUUGACUUUACCAAUUGAUGAAGUUGUCAUGAUGCCCGGAACAAACUUUGAUGAUGUUAGCGAAUCCGAGGAUAAAGAGUCGCAAACUUGCGCGGAGCAUGAGCAGUGUUCGAUUGAUCUCAACAACAUCACCCCGUCUGUAGAGUCAGAAAGAGAUGAACAUGACAAGGAAGGCGAAGAGGAUGAAGAGCAUCCCAAAAGGAGAGGGCCCAGGAAAAAGGUGAUGACGAAAGAAAGGGUUGAGCGAGUCAAACUGAGGAGGACUGAGGCCAAUGCCAGGGAGAGAAAGCGGAUGCAUGGGCUCAACAACGCCCUUGACAACCUUCGCAAAGUUGUCCCAUGUUAUUCCAAAACACAGAAACUCUCCAAGAUAGAAACAUUGCGCCUCGCUAAGAACUACAUCUGGGCUCUGUCGGAGAUCCUGCGCAUUGGCAAGAGACCUGAUCUGCUGACGUUUGUCCAAAAUCUGUGUAAAGACUUGUCUCAGCCCACCACCAAUCUGGUAGCUGGCUGUCUGCAACUCAACACCAGAAACUUAUUGAUGGAUCAGAACGGAGAUGGAGCUCAUAUCGCCAGGUCACAGUUUUCCUCCACCCUCUACACCUACCAAACCCCUGAUCUCGGCAGCCCCUCAGUACAAAGUCCAAUGGACAGCUCCUCCAAGUCCAUCAAACCUUACAGCUACUGUGGUGCUUAUGAGUCUUUCUACCAGAACGCUUCUCCCGAGUGUGUGAGCCCACAGUUUGACGGUCCCCUCAGUCCUCCAAUUAACUUUAAUGGGAUUUUCUCCCUGAAGCAAGAAGAUCCAUCUGACUAUGUGAAAAAUUAUCACUAUGGCAUGCAUUAUUCUGCUGUGCCAGCCAGCCGUCCCCUUGGACAGAGCUACAUGUUCAGCCCAGCCAUGCGAUGUGUGGUGCCCACAGACAGUACAUUUCCUUACGAUUUCCAUCUGCGCAACGAGACACUUUCAAUGCAGGACGAAUUAAAUGCGGUUUUUCAUAAUUAAUGAGAAAAAUAGUGGCUCUACAGAUCACAAGUAAUUAAGAUAAAGCAGUGGGUGGUACAUUAAAUAAUUGAUACAAAAUUGUUUUUAACAGCACGACUGCACUCAUAUUCGAAUGUUACAUUAUGGCAGAGAAGCAAUAAUCGAAAAACUAUGCAAGUGAGUAAAUUAUAUAUUAGCAACAACCCCUCGAAAGGGUAAUAUACACCAUAUGGGCCCUUCGUUACUUCUCGCGUACACUUUUCAUUUAACAUGAUCAUUUGUAAAUACUUUUGCUCAGUUUCACAGACACGACAGUGUUUUUACAAGUGGACCGUCUGGCAGAAUAUUUGGUCACUUUAUUUCAAUGGCUCUGAGAUGGAAGAUAGGGCCGGGUAAACAUUUAGGCGACAUGUGAGUUCUGAAGGAUCUACAGUACUGUAUGCAGCCAGUCACACACCAACUCUGGAAACACAGAAACAUCUAAGUGUUCCCGAUUUAUUUUCUGUUGUUCCUGCCGGUGCAGCACUGCCAAUUUUCAGCAAAAGGGGAAAGGUUCCUUCUAAUGUGCACAUUGAUCGUUCAAAAAAAUGUCUGCCUUUUAAUACACGUCGUAAAUAUGAUUUAUAUGGAAGAGACAUUUUAGCAAAUCACGGUAUGAAAACGCAUCGACCGUUCUAAUUGAAUUAAUUUGAUCCAGCCGAUAUUUAUUCAUAUUAUUGUAGUGAAUUUAUUUUUUUAUGCGUCAAAUUUUGACGUAUGUAACAAUCAGCAGUCACGAAGGAUUUGGGAGUGUGUAGUGAUGCCUGUGAACAAGUUGGGAAGGGUCACUGGCAAAGUAUUAAAGUGUAACCGUGUGCAAACUUGUCCAAGUGUCUUACUAAUGCAUUAACAUACUUCCUGCUCGUAAGGAAGUAUGGCGUGAAUGAUUUGACAUAUGCAAUGAAAAGCUGGAUCUAUGAACGCGUAUUUUUAUGAAUUGUUUACCCUGUUCCCCUCUGAUGUGUGAAGUGAACGUCUCCCCCUCCAAUAAACUCGUUUGGUUUCGAUCACUUUGUGGAUUAUUUUCCAGGGAGAUUCGAUGGGGUUUUUUUUAAUUGCUUAGGGGCUUUGUUCAAAUAGUGGAGAGGGUGACGGGUGGGGAGCGAAGUCAAUCCUGAUAGCAGUAAACAUUCUCACUAAAGGCAUCAACCGAACGAGUUCAAUGUAAAGCAUUAAGGGUAAUACUGAAUAAAUCGAACAAAAAAAAGAACAAACUAUCAAUGGGUAGGGGGGAUGGGGAUAGAGAGGAAAAAGUAGAAUUUCAUUUACAUAAGGAAGUUGAAAUAAAUGUUGCUUUUCAUUUUGAAAAUGGCAUAAUACUGCUGCAGCCAAUACAAAAGAUAAGCAGAGAAUAUCUUUUUUUUCUGCAAGAAAGAUAUACCGAACUUUUUGUCUUGUGUUCUUCGGUAGGCAGGACCGAACAAUGACUUGAGUGUUCUCACUGAACUGUUGAAUGGAAGCAGGGAUGCAUGGCCGAUGCCCAUACGGAGUUGGACUACUGCAAUUAUUCUAUUUAGUGGCAAAAGCUCCAAUUUGAGAGGCAAGGUUAGUGCAGAUCAGUGCAAAGAACAAAAUCGAUUUGGGGAAAAAAAAGCAGGAUGCUCGCCCUGUUCGAAUAAACUCUUGCAUCGCACGAGAACUUAAAUUUUCAGAUUUGUACUUUCUGUACUUUACCUUUUUUUUUUAAAUUGCACGUAAGAUUAAUUUAUGCAUUUGGUAUCUCACUACCGGAAUAUGUUUUACCCGGAAAAAAACGCUGCAUAUUUCAUGACCAAACAGGUUGUGUACCAUUUAGUAAAAGGUGGAUAAGUAAACACUCGUUGUCUGAAUGGCUCCAAACAGGUUAGAAGGCAGAAUGUAUUGAAGUAUAAAUAUUGAUAUGCAAGUACUACUUUCUGUCCAAUAAUCAAUUCUCUUAAGAGAGUAAUGCAGGACCAUAUAGUCAAUAUUGACAUUAGGACAAUUGAUGUUAACACAUAACAAUCCUUUCUCCCCCAAAAAACUCGGUUCAUUGUAAAAUGUUCCUGAAAAUUGAGGAUGAAAACGCAACUCAAUAAUAUGAAAUCAAGACUUUUUUUUCACCAGACAUUUGUAUGUUCUGGGAAUCAAACCGCAGCAGCUAAAAGAUGCUGUGGACUGUUUCUUCAGGUAUAGCACGUUGACAGUGCCACAUCUGGCUCAGAGGUGCAAGAAAACCUGCAGGAGCUGUCACUGGUGCUGGAAAUUACAUCUUCAGCAACUGUUGACUUCCAAAUGCACGGCUAUGUACACAUCCACAAAUGUUAUUUUGACCCAGUUUGAUCUUUAAUCUAAACGUUACUAUUUGCCAAAACAUGAAGAUUAUGAUUAACACAAUUUAAAAAAAGCUUGUUUUUGCUGACCUUUAAAUGUUAUGGAUUACUUUAGUCUCUUUCUAGUUGGCGUUCAUUUUUGCAGCAGAUUUUGUAUGAGAGCAACAGAGGAGCGUUCUCAAGGUACUUCCUACUUAAUUAUUUCAGAAUAUAACAAAAUCGAUAGGAGGUUGUCAGCGUUUCCCAAUAAAUAAGACACACUAGUAGAGAGGGAACAUGCUUUUUCAGACCCACUAAUAUGGAUCCACGCAUGGAGGGUAUGGUGUUUAAUAUAUAAAUUAGGACGUUUAUAACCGUACAUAUUUUUAAAGCAAUUGUCUAGAACUGAAUUAUGUUGAAAUAAAAACGAUUUUAU